CAUUGAUAAGUUGUCUUCAUACUUCUUAGACUUUAAACUAGCUAGUUACUAGUAUUUUGACUUAUUUUCUCUUACUUGUCUACUUGACAGAGCCCCCCUAACGACACUAUGGCACCCCUGAGAUCCGUUUCUGAACUUGCAUCCAUCGUUGAACGCAAUACGCGGACACUAGAAGAUGGAUUGAAAGGAUCUCCUGGGGCUCAGUUCUCACUUGCAUUCGGAGCACCGCCACAAAUCGAGUUGUCUCCUACUCUUGGGGGAACUCGUGACGAGCUUCUUGAGACCAUCGAAGAACUACGUGUUCGCCUGCUGGGACCAAUGGGUUAUCUCUUAUCCUUUCUAUUACCAACGGUAUGUAUCUAUCACCUGUCUAGCCUUAACGAGAAACCACAGUAGUUGUACUUAUUGACUUACACACCGAAGUCCGCUGUAGUAGCUGUUUUCAAAACUCUAUAUGCAUUUGACAUCGCCUCUCAUGUUCCUCUUGCACCCAAUGCUGAGAUAUCGUACAAAGAUCUCGCAAAAAGUUGUGGCCUUCCGGAGGAGGAUACGCGUCGCAUUGUGCAGGCUGCCAUCACCUUCUACGUGUUCGAGGAAGUUACCCCUGAUAUGUCCGUCAGACACAAUGCCAUCUCAUCGGUGUUUACUGUGCCUGAAAUGAAAGAUAUCCUAGGUCUAUUUAUCGACGAGCAGUUGUCCGGUGUUACCAAGCUCGUCGAAAGCAUGCGGCGGUUCCCAGACAGCGGGGAACCAGGACACUCUGCUUCGGUGUUAGCCAUUAGAGAGGAGAAGGCAGUUAAGGAAAUGGGUAUUGACAAGGAGGAGAUCGCUGAUCCAAGCAAGAAUUUCUUUGAUUACAUCGCCGAAGACAAGACACGAGUUGCCCGCUUUCGAUCUGCCAUGGGUGUUUCGACCAAGGCUCCGGCUUUUAAGUCGUCGUAUUUCGUCGACACCUUGCCGUGGGCAAAUAAAGGCCAAUGCCCGGAGACUGUCGUCGAUAUCGGUGGGGCUGGCGGUGAAGUAAUCCAGCUAAUUCUCCGCACGUAUCCCAACGUCAAGAAAGGUGUAGUGUUGGAUCUCCCAGAAGUUGUCGCCGAUGCCAAAGUUCCCGAGGACCUUAACAACAGAUUGGAGUACAAGAGCUACAACUUCCUCACUGAGAAAGUAACUUAUCACGCGGAUGUGUAUGUAUUUCGCCAUAUCUUCCAUGACUGGAGCGACCAGUACGCUGCCAAAAUUUUGAAAAACCUGGUACCAGCUCUUAAAAAAGGGAGCAAGAUUUGGCUUUCUGAGGUUGUUCUUCCCAACUUGAGUGACGAAAAUCGGUUGAAAGAUCGAAUGCAGAGGAGUGCGGACAUCUUCAUGAAAUCCGGAUUUAACGGCAAAGAGCGUAGCAAAAGAAACUGGGAGGCUCUCCUGGCCGCGUCUGAUGAGAGACUUCGUAUUGUGAAUAUCACGAAGCCUCACGGUGCCCAUGACUCGGUCAUUGAGAUUGUAUUUGAUGUUUAAAGACUACGGGAGUCUAGAGAACGGUUGCCGGAGUGUAUUUAAGGAGCAUAUUGUAGCGGUACAGCGUUGGAAGUUGGAACUGUAAAGUAGUACUAGAAAGGAACUCUCCAAAACAUCUACCUAAGACGAAUAUGAUAUCCUCUCCCCUGAAUCGUGGAAGUUGAAGGUUCCAAGUUAAGACGUAAGGUUCUCUCGGUUAAA